UUCAUUUGUGAUUAAAAAAGGUUUGUAAUCCAUAUCUAGACUUAAUAAUUAAAUAUACAGCACACUCAUCAUGUCACAGUUUGACUUGAAUUAAAUGAAAUAAGACAAAAUACACUCAACUAUUUCUAUUCAGUUUUUCCAUUCAGACUAGAAUAUUCAGAGUGAAAGAAAUGGGCUACUCAAGGUGCUGGAAAAUUUACAAUAUAAAUAAUAAAUUGAUUAUUUUUACUUAUAGGUUGGAACAGCAAAACUCAAGUUGGCCGAACAUAAACAACUGUCAAACCAGCAGCUUAUGUAUGUGUUUAGAAUCACUUUAUUAUGAAGACACAGCUCAGAGGAUGUUAAUAUUACAUUUACUAAUUGUCUUUCUUUUUUAGGAUGUCUGAAGCCCCAUCAGAGGCCGCUCUAUGCCGCAUGUCCUUCCUGUUGCUUUGCAUUUUGGGUAUGACCUUGGUGACAUCCGGCUUCCCUCAGCCUGGACUACCUCUCAGAAGUGCUGAGGAUUCAGAGGAAACGAAACGACCUGACCGGGACGUCCUGUACCCUUCCAUCUCUCUCCGUGACUGGAGCAUUCAGAUGUUGUCAGCGCCCAGCCUCCGAGCAGCAGCUGACAGCAAGGCAGGACUGGUGAAGGAGGCGUGGCUCUUUGACCCAGAGAGGACGGAGGCAGGGAUGGGAAAGGUGUGGCCUGCUGAAUGGUCAUCUCAGGGAGCCAGGAUGGUGAAGAGGAACAUGGUGGUUGCUGAUGAUGCUGCCUUCAGAGAGAAGAGCAAGCUCCUCACCUCCAUGGAGAGACAGAAGUGGCUCAACUCCUACAUGCAGAAACUACUGGUGGUUAAUUCUUCAUGAUCAUUCAGUCCUUACAGCUCUUAAAAAAGAAAAAAACAACUGUCUGAACUGUAC